AUGCCACUUGAGUUAAAGGAGCAGUGGUGCCGAUGGCUACAAGAUCUACCGCUGAUCCAGAACCUUGCCAUUCCUCGUUGCCUAAAACCUAAGGGUUUCGAAACAGCAUCUGCAGAAAUACACCAUUUUGCGGAUGCUUCGGAAAAGGGCUACGGAGCUGUGUCAUACCUCAGGAUCGUUGGGAACAAUGGAAUUUCCCAUUGUUCAUUCCUCAUGYCAAAGUCUCGGCUGGCCCCACUUAAACCUACCACCAUUCCUCGAUUGGAAUUGGCGGCGGCGGUUGAAGCAGUGAAACUUGACAAGUUACUGCGAAAAGAACUCCAAGUACCCCUUCAGGAAUCGGUCUACUGGUCGGACAGUAUGAUAGUCCUAUGGUACCUGCAACAGGAAGACAAGCGCUAUCAAACUUACGUUGCUAACAGAGUUGCUGCCAUACAAGAGCACACGACCCCAAGUCAGUGGAGGUACGUUGAUUCAGACUCAAACCCGGCCGAUSACGCCUCCCGCGGUAUGAUAGCGGCAGAAGUGGUAAGCACCUCCAGAUGGAUCCUUGGUCCACCUUUCCUAUGGAAAGAAAAGACGGAAUGGUCGACACAACCAGAAUUUAAAUGCUCAAUGCUGGAAGAUGCAGUUGAAGUCAAACCAGACCGCAAGGUUUACACUGUUGCUACCGGUGACGCAGACCCCAUUGAUUUACUCAUACAGCGACACUCGYCAUGGGAUAGGCUUCUGAAGUCGAUUGCUUGGCUCCUUCGGUUCAAGCAAUUCAUGAAAGCCAGAAAACCGAUGCCUGGCAAGUUGACAGUGAGCGAAAGCAAGAUCGCUGCUACAGCUAUCAUUGUCCACGUACAGAGCCAAAUUUUCGGAAGGAGCAAGGAUAACUCAUUGCAGAAGCUGUCGCCGUUUCGCAGCGAAGACGGAACGUGGCGAGUAGGAGGAAGACUCAACAAAGCUGAUCUGCACUUCCAGACGAAAYACCCUUUGAUAUUACCUGCUAAUCAUCAUGUCACUAAUCUUGUGAUUCUGCAUCACCAUGCCAUGACUGGCCAUGCUGGCAUCGAACGUGUUCUCGCCGAAACAAGACGAAAGUUUUGGAUCGUGAAGGGCAGAGCAACGGUAAGAAGAGUGCUAUCCAAAUGCAUCACAUGCAAGAAAAUGAGAGCACAGCCAGUGUCUCAGUACAUGGGAGACCUGCCAAAGGACCGCAUAACACCUAACGAAGCACCCUUUACACGUGUAGGAGUGGACUAUUUCGGGCCGUUUCUCGUGAAACGAGCUAGGAGCGAGGUCAAGAGGUACGGUUGCAUCUUCACCUGCCUCACCACAAGAGCCAUCCACAUCGAAGUUAGUCACACUCUUGACACUGAUUCUUUCAUAAAUGCACUUCAGCGAUUCAUCGCUCGCCGUGGCGAACCUGUUGAAAUCCGCUCAGAUAAUGGAACCAAUUUCACCGGUGCUCAACUAGAACUGCGACGAGCCCUUGAAMAGUGGAACCAAGCUCAAAUCCACAACUUUCUCCGCAAGAGGGAGAUACAGUGGAUCUACAACCCACCAGGUGCUUCCCAUAUGGGAGGUGCCUGGGAGAGGCAAAUACGUACCGUGCGUUCAGUCCUGAGAGGUCUACUUCCUCUACAGAUCUUAGAUGAUGAGGGACUAUCAACUUUGAUGUGCCUCGUGGAAGGUAUUGUAAACGGACGACCCAUAACCAGGAUCUCGGAUGAUCCGAAAGAUCUCACGCCUCUGACGCCAAACCAUCUUCUCUUGCUUCGUUCGGGCCCAACCCUUCCAUCAGGAAUGUUCGUUAAACAAGAUCUCUACAGGAGACGCUGGCGUCAGGUUCAAUACAWGGCUGACGUUUUCUGGAAACGCUGGCUGAGCGAAUAUCUGCCAACACUUCAAGUGCGCCAGAAGUGGCUACGCCCAAAGCGUAACCUUAAAGUUGGAGAUCUGGUGCUAGUAAAGCACGACAACACGGCACGUCUACGUUGGCCUCUUGGGCUCAUCGUCGACACCUAUCCGGGAUCAGAUGGUCUUGUGCGAUCUGUUCAAGUGAAGACCCAAUCUGGAGUGUACAAUCGUCCCGUCGACAAGAUUUGUCUACUUGAGGGGGAUCUGCAGCAGUCUGACGAAUGA